UCUACGUCGCAUAAGCUCUCAUAGCGUUGCCUGUGGUCGUAUUCUUGCGGGAGGUUAAAAAUAUUAUCUGUCGAUGUAUGUGUAACGAAAUUGUUUACAGGCGUUACAGGUGAUUCUGGCUGUCCAGCCGUACGUACGUUCCGCGGGAGAACGUAUGUGACGUUAAUCGCAGGCUCGUCGAUCCUGACUUUACGCGAUUGAGCUUUGAAAAUGAGGAUCGCCGUGGAAGGUUGUGCUCAUGGCGAAUUGGACAUUAUUUACGAGACCAUACAGGAGGUCGAAAAGAUCGACGGCAGGAAGAUAGAUCUGCUGAUUUGUUGCGGCGAUUUUCAAGCUACCAGAAAUUUGAGUGACCUAAACUGCAUGGCAGUGUCGGACAAGUACAAGGAUAUGUGCACAUUUUACAAAUAUUAUUCUGGUGAAAAGGAAGCUCCCGUGUUGACCAUUUUCAUCGGAGGCAAUCACGAGGCGUCGAAUUAUCUGCAGGAACUGCCGUACGGAGGAUGGGUUGCGCCCAACAUCUAUUAUCUUGGAUACGCGGGUGUGGUGCAGGUGGCUGGAAUCAGAAUUGCGGGGCUCUCGGGCAUAUACAAGAGUCAGCAUUGGAUGCAGGGACGCUACGAGAAGCCUCCCUAUACCGAUAGUACCAUAAGAAGCGUCUAUCACAUUAGGAAUCUAGAAGUGUUCAGAUUAAAACAGCUUUCUGGUAAGAUUGAUAUAUUUUUAUCGCACGACUGGCCGGCAGGGGUAACGAAGUAUGGUGACGAAGACAGGUUGCUGAAACAGAAACCAUUUUUUAAGGAUGACAUAAAAAGCAAUUCGCUCGGCAGUCCUCCGUGUAUGGAACUGUUGGAACGUCUUUGUCCGUCCUACUGGUUCUCCGCGCACUUGCACUGCAAGUUCGCGGCGCUCGUUCCCGAGAAGGGAGGGGCGCGAGUGACCAAGUUUCUAGCGCUGGAUAAAUGCCUGCCGAAGCGGAAGUUCCUUCAGGUGCUGGAGGUGCGCUCGCAGGAGGAUUGCCCAGUGCAAUUGAGCUACGAUCUGGAGUGGCUGGCGAUACUCUAUUUGACGAAUCACCUGCUGAGCGUCAAGAGCAGUAUCCAUUACAUGCCCGGUCAAUACGGCGCUGGCAGGUGGACGUACACACCUACGGCGAAGGAGAAGCAGACUGUGCACGACAAGUUCGGCUCCAACUUGCGGAUUCCUCUCAACUUCGCCCGAACGGUCAAACCGUACGACCCGUGCGACACGAAUACUCAGAUCGAGCGACCGCGGCUGCUGAUAAACGACCAGACUACUCAAUUCUGUCAGAUGCUGGGCAUCGACGAUCCUUCCACCCUGUUACAGAUCAUCGCGAACAACUCCAAGGAUAACAGCAGAUCGAGCGAGGUGUCGACGGAGACGUCCGGCAACUACACGUCAGAAUCCAUGGAGAUCUCGUUCGAGGAAGGGGACGUGUUCAGUUCCACCUUCGAGAUGAACUCGUCAAAUAAGUAUUUCGUCGAUAGCUCGCCGACGAACUUGUCUCCUAAGAGCGACAGCGGCGAUUCGGAUAACAAAGACACGAGUAAGAGCACGUUGGACGGAACUGUCGAUAACACGAUUGCGGAUUCCACGUCGAUGGAGAACAGUAGCGAACAAACCGGCUGCGUCCAAACCGAGCCGAACUGCAAGAAGUUUAAACGCCGAAAUUAUUCUGUGUACUCUAGCACAUUCCGUUCUGCGGUUGCUCAUCAAAUGGACAAGUUAACGGUCAUCUCGGGGAUAUUGUUCCUGCUCGCGGACAUCUCCGCCAUAAUCAGCAUCGCCAUGCCCGACUGGAUCAUUACCGACGUCGGCGGUGACACGAGAUUGGGCCUCAUGUGGUCGUGCAUGACCUUGUACAACAGACCGCAGGUCUGUUUCAAGUCGCAGCUGCAGUCGGAAUGGAUGAUGGCACUAGUCUGCAUAUUUAUCGGCUGCAUUCUGAUUACCGCAACCAUAAUAUUGCUGGUGAUCUCGCACUGGGACCGCACUGUUAUUCCCUUCGCCCGCUGGGUAGGAUUCGGCGCCAUGGUGCUAUUUUGUCACGCGGCAGUGAUAUUUCCAAUGGGAUUCCACAUUGACGAGAUUGGCGGACAGCCGUAUCAGUUGCCUAACUCACAUCAAGUCGGUAUUGCUUACAUCUUGUUUGUCCUAGCCUUGUGGAUCACAGUAAUCUCCGAGCUUUUUGCAGGCAAAGUUUGUCUACCACAUUUUUAGCAUUUUUCUCUAGCAGGAGUAUUUGUUUAUUAUCUUCUAGCGACGUCCGCACUCAUGUUUUUAAGUAUCAUUUGUAUUAAAGACGAUUUUGUACAGAAUCUUAAAAAAAACGGUUUAGCGUUGUUACCGAUAUAGAAUUAUUUUUAUCUUGCAAUAACAAUUUUAUAAAGCUUUAACAGGGAUUACAAUUCUGCCGUAUAUUAAGCAGACUAAGUCAGAAUAAGAAUUCGUUUCUAAUAUUUAAUAAAUCUUCUAUAAAAUGAUAGAUGUAUAGAUAAAGAGAAUUUCUUAUAUUAUUAUACGAUAUUAAUAUCUGUCCUUAAGGAUGUGUAUAGUCUAUAUUAGCACAAUGUGCAUUAAGAUUCGAUAGUCUAGGAUUUUUUAAGGAUUUUUAAGCGGUAUAUAUGAUAAUAUAUGUGUAUGUAGUAAGUAAGAUUGUAACAUGUUAACUAUCAAGUAGACACUCGAGGGAAAACUGUAAUAAAACGCAAUACAUAUUUGAAAUAUUAUAUGUA